AGUCAUCUGUGACCCGAAUGUUGCACGAGGUUUAGGGGUAGUAAUCUAGGUAGAGAUUCACUGGGAUGUUGAAUGACGCCUUCACCAUAUUUCAGGACAGUCCUAUAUUAUUCAUGUCUGGAAAAUCAUCACAUUCGCAUGUGUCACCCACUUGAAUUAAGCAGCUUAAACCACCUUCUAAUGAAUUAGUUAAUUAAAAAAAUUUAUCCAUACAUUAUGAUUCUUCAACAAUUGAUACAGCUGGUAUAUUUGUUUUGAUUCUGUGUUUAUUUUGGCUCACCAUCCUUGGGAAGCAUUUUAUAUACUGGUGUGCAAUAAUGCACAUCGAAGUUAAGCUUUCAAGAACUAAAGGAACCUGUAAGAUUUAUAGGUACAAAAAGGGUGUUUUAAAUCGUAACAAUUUCUUCAAGAUUCAGUGAAAUUGUCAGUUGAAGUACUCAGCCAAGCCAAAUCUCUACCAAGAUCAUGAAGAUAAAGCAUGUAGAUGAACUAAGAACAUCGUUUAAAAUAAGUUGUACCAAAUGUUGUAGUUAAUACAUGUAAUCACUAUUUUAAUUAUGCUGAGAGUGUAGAAAAAAUCUCUAGAAAUUGGUAACAUCCAUGUGAAAUAUAAGUGAGAUAAACUUUUUAAGACUUUACACACACCAAACUCUUAGUGAAACCACAUCAAAUUUCCAAAUAUGUAUAACUUAGGUAAGUUGAUUAUUCAAUUGAAUUUGGAUGGCAUUUUUGUGAAGUAUCGAUCAGAGUGAGAUGCAACAAUAUCCAGGACACAAUAAAGAUGGAGUCGCUAGGCUUUCAAGGAGAGCACACUGGGUCUGUUUUGUGUGUAGAUGUCUCUGAAGAGGUCAUAGUCUCUGGUGGUGAAAAUGGAGAUUUGUGCUUAUGGAACCUGGAAGGGAAACUUCUCAACAAGUACAGAGAGGAAGGCACAGACUGCACCUCGGUGCUUCUCUCGCUUGUGAAAAAGGACGUAGUGUAUGCCGCAUUCAAUGACGUACUCAAGGUAUUCAAUCGAGGGGACAUGUCGACUCCGACGGAUACUUUUACCUACAAUUCUGAUGAGAUUAAUCAGAUUGCGGUGGACGAGAAAGAGAAAUACCUGGCUGCCAGCGAUGAUGCUGGGGAAAUACGAGUGAUCGAUCUGACGGAAAAGAAACUGUUUAAAACUCUGAAGAACAAACACACGAACAUUUGUUCUUCAGUCUGUUUUCGUCCUCUAAAGCCAUGGGAACUCUUCACUGGAGGUCUGGAUUCUAAAGUGAUUCACUGGGAUUUUUCUCGUCAUAAGUGUCUAAACAUGUUCGACAUGAAUGAGUUAAACAAUCCAUUUGAAACACCAGAUUCUUACAUGGUGAGUCCCCCCUUUGUCCAUCAUUUGGCUGCUAGUCCGAAUGGGAAAUACUUGGUGGCUGCCCUUGAGAAUGGACUGAUUGCAGUUUUUGAUUCAACAAGGAAACAUCUAAGAGAACUAUUUAGUCUGCACACUCAUACGCAAGGUGUGUCUCAGGUUCACUUUCUAUUAGACGACAAAUUCGUUUCAGGAGGAAAUGACUGUUGCAUUGCAUUGUGGGACUUGUCAAAAUCCCAGGAUCAUCCUGAUUUGGUUUUACCUGCAAAUGCUCACGCUGCCAAUGGAACUUCCAAUGGAAUUAGCAGUGCUCCAGAUCCUUUGGAAACCAAAAAUCAAACAAUGACUGAUGUAUGUCUCAUUACCAAAAUUGAGCAUACGGGCAAAAUUAACUGGAUGAAGCCUUUUCAUCAGGAGCAAUGGAAGAUUAUCAUUGCAGAUGAAUCAAACAAACUGUCAAUUAAGGCAAUAGAUGUCUGAACCUAAUUUGUAUUCCUGUAUGGCCUCAGUGAGGACAACCAGUAUUAAUUUUAUUGAUGAAUUCUUGUGAUAUUGUUGAAAUAAAGAAAUGUCAAUUUCA